CUCUCUCUCUGUUCUUUCUCUAGCUCGCUUCACCACUUUGUUUUAUCAUUAGCAACACUCCACAUAGCACUCUAGGAUACUGUAGCAGUGGCUGUUAUAUCAACAAAAGACACUCUUGCCUGCUUUUUGUUCAGCUUUAAUUUGUGCUAAUAGUUAAACUUUUUUUUUAGUUAUCUGCUCCGUCCAAUCAACUUCAACACAUUUACAAUGAAUUUUUCCCCAAAACAAACUCUUUUUACUUAGUUGAUUCAAUAUUAAGAAGUAUGAAAGUAAAUAAUGAAUUUGACGCUGUAUUGUAAUUUACCAUUGACAUAUUCAUAUAAUUUAUGACUUUUCCAGCAAGAUGGGGAGUUUCAUUAAAAGUUGGUUAAUGGAAGGAUUCUUCAGCUCUCCUGCCCCUCCACCCUCUCCUCUUGUCAGUAAACCUUGGAGGACAAUUGACUGGGAAGACAAACAGAGGGAUCUGCAGUAUGUGAAGGACUAUAAACCUCAGACUGACAGGCAGCAGCUCAGGAUACUUCUUCAUGGUCCAGUUGGAGCUGGAAAGUCCAGUUUCAUCAACUCUGUCCAAAGUGUCGUAGAAGGCAGAAUGUCCAAAAAGGCUGAGGUGGCCAACAUCUCUGGCUACACUCAUACCAAAAAGUACAAAACCUACAAGAUCCAAAAGGAUGGACAGAACACCUUUUGCUCUUUGGUUUUCAAUGACACCAUGGGGCUGGAAUGCAACAGCAACAGACGCAGAAAAGUCUAUGUGAAGAAUAUCAAACAGGCGAUGAAGGGACGUGUGAGAGACGGUUACACGUUCAAUCCUGAAAGUAAGAUAUCAAAGGAGGAUCAAUACUACAACCGAGACCCAACUGCCAACGACAAAGUGCACGUUGUGGUUUGUGUUAUUGAUGCCAGCACAGUAUCUCAGAUGAGUCCUAAAGCUGUAGAGACACUGCAGGACAUCAGAGAUGAGGCCUCUGACCUGGGUAUUCCUCAAGUGGCCAUUCUCACCAAAAUUGACAUGAUCUGUCCGGAGAUUAAAAAUGAUGUAAAGAAUGUCUACAAGAGCAAGAUACUAAAGCAAAAGAUGGAGGAGUUCAGUGCAGCGGUGGGUUAUCCCAUGAACUGCAUCUUCCCUGUGAAGAACUACCAUGAAGAAAUCAACUUCAACAGUGACAUUGACUCACUGAUCCUGAGCGCUCUGAGAGACAUCAUCAACUUGGGUCAAUCUGAAUGUUGAGACAUAUUUUUAAACACAGCAUAAGAACGCUGUAUUGCAUUAUGUCAAAAUAACAAUCUGUGACAUUAAUUCGUCAUUCACUACUUUUUCCUGAUAGCACCAUAUUUAUGUGUUUUACUUUAAAGCCCCUGUAACUCCUGCCUUUAUUAGAUGAUGGCUGAAAAUACACGUUUCUCAUUAAACUGUCGCCAGUGUCUAGCUGUACCUCUGAGGACAGUGAUUCAAGAGAGCUUCCUCAGGACAGCUCUGAGCCUCCACCUGGGAUUUAUGUUAUGUGUUAUUCAGUCGAACAAUCUAAACUCAGUGUGACUCUGUAGAUUUGUUCUAUCUAUGACCACAUAACUGUAAAUUAACACAUUUAAAUGUAUAUUUCCAUAGAUAUACAGUAUCUAUGUAUAUUUGUCUUGCUUUCUGCUGCAGCUCCAUCCUGUGGAAGAAUAAUGUAUUACAGUUCAUUUCCACAUAGAGGAUCUUUGACUGUAUUUCAUAAGCUACUCAAACUGAGCUUGGCAAGGCUAAUUUUUCGUUUGCUGCUCCACAUAUCCUUCUUGGAGCCAACCCCUGCUGGCGUGCAGACUAGAUUAGAACAAAAGAAUGUUUAUUCAUGUAGCUUGAAAAGAGGUGACACCCACAUGUUAGGAUCUUGUUUGUGACCGGAAGUAACCUCAAAACACAUGGAUUUGGAAAUAACGCCUUCUUUUGGGGGACAACGGACCAAUGGAGAGAGUUUUCAUCCAAGGAACCGCCCACAACUUCAAGAGAGUAUAUUUGUGAAACUUAGAAAUGUUUGGGACUGUAAAAUGUGAAUCCACAAGGGAGAAGCAUCUUUUCAGUCCGCUGCAGCGCAAAACUUGUUUUUGUCAUGUCAUUUUCUUAUUAAAUCUUUUUGUUAAUCUUCA